AUGAACCGACGUAGCACUGAUUUCUCCGGGGAUUUGGCGGAAAAAUGGGAUAUUUGCACUGAUCACUCGUCUUUCCCACCUCUCGUAGACCUAUUUGUCGCCAAAUGGAUGUGUUUACAUCCGAAUCUCCGAAAUGCGACCCUCAAACGGGCAACCGCGUUUGAGGCAAGCUGUAUCUUCUGCUCUCGUCUUGCAACCGACAGGGGCGCUUGCAUCUGGUCGCACCGACGGCCUCCCUUAGUCAUUCUCAAUUCAUCACGUCGGGCGGUACGGAUAUUCACUGAGUCCUCAUCUGUGCGCACCAAAACACUUGUUAUGCGCAUCUUCCUGGCCAGGCCGGAGGCGGUACGGCCUACCGGGGAGCAGAGAAAGUACGGCUGGUUUAUGCGAGCCGGUGCAGCACAACCAAUUCCUUCUUUGCCAGAUUGUAGGAAAUACCAAAAAGAUGGAAUGUACAGCAGCUUAAGCAAGGCCCGACAACCAGGACUUUUGGUGGCCAAAGAGGCGAGCUUAAAAAGAGGCCAGCCCAAUCUGCCGAAUAGAUGA